AUGGCUCCAAAGAAAGUUGCUAUCAAACAUAGUAAUAACAAUAAUACUAAUAGACCCUUGGAUAUUAACGAUAUUUUAUCGAAAAACAAAAGUUUUGUUAUUCAAAACACAAAUGAUUUAAAUUUUAUAAAACCCAGGCUACUAAGCAAGAAAGAAAGAACUAAUUUACCAGUCAAUAACAAUAAGGUUAAAACUAACAAUAAAGUACACAAAAUAACUAAAUCAAAGAAAAAUCACUCCAAUGAAAAUAAACAAAUUAUUGAAAAUGACAAAAACACUUCUCAGCUUCUUGAUAAUAAUAGCAUUGAAGGGGUGGAUACCACUUCCAUUAAUAGCAUUAAAUACACAAAAAAGAAACAAUUCCAGUUUGAUUGGUCGUUAAAUGAUGAUACCUCUAGAGAAGUUGACCCUAUAAUUCCAAAAAGCUUGAAGAUUAAUCCAUUGAAAAACACUUUUUCCAAUAAUACAAUUAACAUUUCAAAUAAGGGAAACGUACAGUCACAACAUUCAACAUUGAAUAAUAACAAAAAUAAUAACAAAAAUAAUAACUACCAACACUAUCUUGAUAAACCUAUUAAAGAAAUGACCAAAAGAGAUUGGUCUUUGUUUAAAAGAGAAAAUAAUAUAACCACUUAUAAAUCAGAUAUCGAUCCAAUAAGAAAUUGGUCAGAUUACAAUUUAAUUCCAAGAGAUAUUUUAACAAGAUUAACAAUUGAUCUAGGAUAUGGAAAACCAACACCUAUACAAAUGUGUAGUUUACCCAAUAUAUUAAUGAAAAACCAAGACUUUCUUGGUGUAGCCAAGACAGGUAGUGGUAAGACUUUAGCUUAUCUAAUACCAAUUUUUAUCAAAUUAUUGAAGACCCCAUCAGUGCACAAUAAGUUUAGAGGUUUAAUUUUAGUACCAACAAGAGAACUAGCUCAACAAAUAGAAGUAGAAGGGAAUAAAUUUGGAGUUUGCAAUUUAAAGUCUAUUGUGGGUGGUCAUUCGCUAGAACAAAUUAAUAGAGAUUUGAGUCUGGAUAUUGAUCAUAACAAAGAAUUUGUCUUAAUUGCCACUCCAGGUAGAUUGAUUGAUUGCUUAGAUAUGGGUAUUGUUGAUUUAAAAUACUUGGAAAUCUUGGUAUUAGAUGAGGCAGAUCGAAUGAUAGAUUUAGGUUUUGAAGAACAGUUGGAUACAAUUUACAAUAUCAUACAGAAAACUAGGGUUGCCACUUACAAUAAUAACAAUUUACAAAUCCUAAUGUUUACAGCUACAUUAAACGGUACAAAUAUCAGUAAAUUAGCCGAAAGCAAGUUGAAGAAUCCAAUCAUCAUUAAACUAACCAGUUCCUCUGAUAAGCCCAAUAUAUCUCAAUUUUUCAGGUAUUGUCCUCGGUAUGAUAAUAAAUCAGGUACUGGGAAUCAAUAUUUAUCCGAUAAGUACAAGUUUGACACUCUAUACAACGAAAUAUUGCCCCAUUACAAUUAUCCCAUUAUAAUAUUUGUUAAUUACAAAAAAACUGCAGACUGGUUACUUCAACAGUUUGAAGCAAAAGAGGAACACCACAGCCAUUGCUAUAGAGUAGGGACAAUACAUGGUUCAAAGUCACAAGAUCAAAGAGAGAGAACUUUACAAAAAUUUAGAACAGGUGAACUGCAUAUAUUGAUUGCAACUGAUGUUGCAGCCAGAGGAUUAGACAUCCCUAACGUCUCCCUAGUAAUUAAUUAUCAAAUGUGCAGGAAACUAGAUGAAUAUAUACAUAGAAUCGGCCGAACUGCAAGAAGUGGUCAAUCAGGUGUUUCAGUAACAUUUGUCAAUGAGACCGAGGAUGGCCAAGUAAUGCCCUUAUUAUUUAAAUUUUUAAAAAAAAAUUAUCCAUUAAACUCUAUAAACUAUGAUAAAAACGUGGAAAUAAAAUUUGAUUUGAAGGAUUAUAAAAAUAGGGGUGCGAAUAACAAUAAAAAUAUGAUCUUCUAUUGA